UCUGUUAAAAGAAAAUAUACAAAUAUAGAAAUUUUCCGUGCGCUCGGAUAAACAGGACAUUACCACCAUGAGCACCAUGUUCGCAGACACCAUUCUGAUUGUGUUCAUCUCUGUGUGUACAGCGCUGUUAGCCGAAGGUAUUACUUGGGUUUUAGUGUAUCGGACUGAAAAGUACAAGAGGCUAAAGGCUGAAGUGGAAAAACAAAGCAAAAAACUCGAGAAGAAAAAGGAAACCAUCACAGAAUCUGCAGGACGUCAACAGAAGAAGAAGAUCGAAAGACAAGAAGAGAAGCUGAAGAACAAUAACAGAGACCUUUCUAUGGUGCGUAUGAAGUCCAUGUUUGCCAUUGGCUUCUGCUUUACAGCUCUGAUGGGCAUGUUCAACUCCAUCUUUGAUGGAAGAGUCGUGGCCAAACUGCCAUUCGUGCCGCUGUCUUACAUCCAGGGACUGUCCCAUCGCAACCUGCUGGGCGAGGAUUACACUGACUGCUCCUUUAUCUUCCUUUACAUCCUCUGCACCAUGUCCAUCAGACAGAACAUUCAGAAGAUGCUCGGUCUCGCUCCUUCCAGAGCUGCAACUAAACAGGCGGGAGGCUUCCUGGGACCUCCUCCUCAGGCAGCUAAGUUUUCCUAAUGCGCAGGGCGGUUCAGUGCUGUUCCUGCACUGCAGCUGUGUGGAGUCGUGGCUCCUUCAUCUGAGCACAGACCGAACUCCUCACGCUGGAGCAAACUCAUCAUCUGUUGCAGCUACUGUAUCACUACCUUCAGUUUGAUUUUUCAUUCAUUUGUUGUUUAUUUAACUUUAAGAUUGUCUCACUUAGAAAUUAGAGGAAGAAAAAUUGAUCUUAAUUAUGUUGAUUACCAAAGGAUACGAAUGUCUGCCCUGUGUUCAGCACAUGCUGUGCAUCAGUUUGGGAUUUUAAUAAUUAAUUGGCACAGUAACAUUUGAUCUAUUCAGUAUUAUUGUAUGUAACUGUUAAUAAAGUUUUAUGAUACCA